AUGUCGCCGAAUAAUGAAGCUAUUCCUUUGAAUGCCAUCAAGGAAAAAAUACGAAAUAAAUAUGUGAUUGUCAGAAUUUUGCGCUUAUGGGUUCAAAAAGAUAAAUUGGGCAAGGAAGCACUUGAAAUGAUCGUGAUUGAUGAAUGGGGCAACAAAAUCCAAGCAUCCGUCUCAAUAGGGUACAAGAACAAGUUUCAUGAGUUGCUUAAAGAGGGACAAAUAACAGUUAUUAAAAACUUCCAAGUAGUGCAAAACAAUCAUAACUUUCAGCAUGCAAAAAUUAAUCAUGAGUGGAAAAUCAGUUUUAGCCUUAGAACCAUUGUUUCUGAAUCAACUGAACGCCUGAAUAUUACUGAAAAUGGAUUUGAUUUCAUCCAUUUUCGAAAUAUUCAUUCACAUGAUUCGGAAUUGGUAUUGGAUAUUCUUGGGGAGGUAAAAACUGAAAAUAUUACCAUAGAUUGUGUUGAAAUGAAGCAUGGCAAAGCUAAGAAGUGUGACAUAACAUUGGCUGAUGCAGAGUAA